UGAAUGGGAAAGGCAGGGACAAUCUUGGGGAGGCCGACUCUUUAAGGAGGAACAGGAGACACAAUCAAAUGAUCCUCUAUGGAAAACUCUCCCAGCCAGAUGGAGACACUGGGAGAACAGCUUAAAUAAAUGGGCUCCUGAAAGCCACAGCUCUUUUCUGCUUUGAAGAAAAGCACAAACGGGGCUCAUAGAAAGUGAACGCAAAGCUGGACUCUUGAGUUUACCAUGUCCUCCAUUUACUGAUCUUCAAAUUAUUGAAGGUGGGCUACGAAUUCAGCAAGGAACCCUUUGAAGACUCAGUCAUGAAAGGUGAACUGCUCCUGCUUUCAAAUGUGAUGUUCCUGCUGGGUGUGGCAUGCGGCUGCCCGGAGAAGUGUCACUGUCACUCAUCUUCAAAGUCUGUUGACUGUGGCCGACAGGGUCUGGUUGAAAUCCCCCCCGAUUUGCCUCCUCAGACGCUAACGCUGCACUUAGAAAAUAAUCAGAUUCACCAGCUUCCUGCUUUUGCAUUUAGGUCUGUGCCACAGCUCAUGACCUUAAACUUAUCUAAUAAUUCCCUUUCAACUCUGGCCCUUGGAGCUUUCGAUGGUCUUCAGCACUUGCAGGUUUUAAACCUAACUCAGAACUCCCUGCAUUCCCUGGAAAACAGACUUUUCCAUUCCCUCCCACAGCUAAGGGAGCUUGAUUUGUCAUCGAACAAUAUAAGCCAUCUGCCCGCAUCCCUGGGUAAGCCUUGGGAGAACCUAACUGUCUUUGCAGUCCAACAAAACCAGCUUCAGCAGCUAGAUCGAACUCUCCUAGAAUCCAUGUCCAAUGUGAGGCUUUUAUUUCUCAAGGACAACCUCUGGAAAUGCAAUUGCCACUUGCUCGGUCUUAAACUCUGGCUGGAGAAAUUUAUAUAUAAAGGGGGAAUGACGGAUGGCGUCAUCUGUGCGUCACCAGACACCUGGAGGGGAAAGGACCUCCUUAAAAUCCCCCACGAGCUGUACCAGCCCUGCCUUUCAGAUCAGGUGCCCUCGCAGGCUCUGCAGCCGGGCUCUGCCCGUAGGGCAGCCGUGAGCCUGCCCGAGACUCACAGCGUGGGAGAGCGGGACCACUCAGAGUGUGAGCUCCAGCCCAAGCCAAAGCCAGCCAACCUGCGCCAUGCUGUCGCCACCGUCAUCAUCACUGGGGUUGUGUGUGGGAUCGUGUGUCUCAUGAUGUUGGUGGCUGCCAUCUACGGCUGUGCCUACGCAGCCAUUACAGCCCAAUACUGUGGUGAACACUUGGCUCAAACCAGUGAGUCUGGGAGGAUGGAAGGAAAAGAGCUGUUUGACAGCUCACCAGCAUGAGAACUUUCAUCUCAAAUAGGAGUGAUCAUGUUAGGCCAGAGGGAAAAGUCUGAGUAAGACUGAUUUGUUUACUCUUACAGCCUUAGUUUGCUUUUUCCAAAAGAGAGGGAGAAAAGGAGAGAGGGAGAGAGAGGGAGAAAAUGAAUGAUAAUGUGUCUGUAAAAAAUAUUUCUGGGAAGAAAUGUAUAUUGAGAUUUUUAAAAUACCAUAGAUGAAAUACAGAUGAUAUGCAUGCUCUGAGCCCAUGAAGUUAUUGCAAUUAUUCCAUGUGGGGGAAGGCCAGACCCAGAGAAAGGGAAGAUACCAUCUCUUUCAGGUACUCUUCCCUGGAUUAAGUUGCUUUUACAGAGCAACAGAAAUGCAAAUACAUGUGCCGGUCACCCUUCUUGGGAGCUUUAUGGUCCAUGGGAAAUCUGCCCGAUUUUGAGUGCCUGGGAAGAGGCUGGCGAUCUUACCCAAGGGGCACAGAAUGCCUCUAUAAUUCAAGUCAUGCUAGAUUGGUGAUACUUUUAGAUGUUGUGUACAUUAUAUACUUAAUGGGAGCGUCUGGUGGUUGGGAAUUCUGUAGCUUGCCACAAGAGUCAGAUUAUAUUUAAUUUUCUAAAUCAGAAAACCAUUUGGGGUUUUCUAGGCCACAGAGGAAAAGGAGGGUUCCGUGUUUGGAUAAUGGGAUUCAGGCCCAGAAUCUGGGGAAGUUUUCUGAUGUAAGGGUAAAUAGCAUAUAAACAAACACAAAGAGGACGGGGAGCCAGAAUUGGGGGCAGAUAUUACGGAAAGGCCGUAUCCACCGAGCAAUUGGAACCUUCCAUUUAUAACUCUCACAGCAGGAAUGAAUUUAGGGUGGGCUGCGAGUGAGAUAAUGGCUUUUGUGUAUCCAUAUCUACAUACAUAGCACAGAGAGUGCAUCGACUUGUUCAGCCACACCCACACAUAAACAUACUUGGAGCAAUCAGUUUACCCACUAAUGAAAUGCAGCCCUGUCAGGGUGGAAGCCAGCAAGCUGCUGUCCACCACCCAGAUUUUCUGCUCAACACUCUGGGAUAGGAAGGAAGGAAGAAGUCUGAAGAGAGCGGGAAUUACCAAGAGACUCUAGAUUCGUGGGGGCAGCUGUCCUGGACAUUAUUUAGGCCGCGGUUUAAGAAAACCAGGUGUGGCUUGCUUUACUCCAUAGACAUGGUCCUGACGAGGUGCAUGCAAAGUAAAUUUUUGUAAAUUGAAUCAUCAUUUUAAUGC